AUGUUUUCGAAGUAUUUGCAUCGCUCCACUGCGAGCACAAAUCCAGAUGGAUUGAAUGUGUGGAGCCUGCCAACCUUACAUCGCGCAGCUUAUAAGAACAAGAUCGAUAAAUUGAUCAGUCUUUUAAACAAAAGGCAAAAUGGUAUCGAUAAGAAAGACAAUGUAGGACGAACUGCAUUACACUAUGGCUGCCUCGCAGGCAGUGUCCAAGUAGUGCAGCUCAUCUUGGACAGAAAAGGAAAAAUCAUCGCUGACAAUUUAGGCCAGAGUCCUGUCUUUAUGGCAAUCGGAAACGGACAUCUGGAAAUUGUCAAGAUAUUUUAUGGAAUCAAGUUUGAUUUCAACAAAGCUGAUAACAAUGGAACGACACCCCUGCACCUUGCCAUAUUUAAGAAGAAUGUGACGAUUGUUGAGUUCCUGGUGAAGCAAGUGAAUGUCAAUGUUGAUGCAUCUGAUAUGCAAUUGACCACCCCAUUGCACCAGGCAAUUCGAGCUGAUAUACCCAUGGUGGUGUUACUGCUUGUGGAAAAAGGUGCCAAAACAGAGAUCAGAGACAAAAUUGGAAAAACGCCAUUGAUGAUGGCUUGUGUGAAAGGACAAGAGCAAUGUGUCGAGAUUCUUCUGAAAAAUAAAGCCAACAUAUACCGUAAAGAGGUUCAAAUUGAAAGUCACUCAGAGGCUCAAAAAAACAGUAAAGGGAGCGGUUCAAUUCCUGAUAAGCCACUUGAUUCUGGCUUGGGAAUGCUUUCAUCGAGUGGACAAAUGACCCGAAGUAACCAGCUUUGCAAUGCAGCAAGCAUUGAAGCCCCAGAAUUUGUCAAAAUGCAAUUCUCAGCUGAAACCCAAUCUUCUGUGGAAUUGGACACAACCAUCUCCAAGCAUCAACAAAAGAUCCUCUCUGCAGAAGUGACAUCAUCAUUGGCCAAUAACACAGUGCCAUACCCAAAAGAGCCAACAUCACAAAAUCAGCCCGUGGCACAGCGGGACCAAGAUGUACCAGAAUUCAGUUCCAAUGACAUAGUUGUCACCUUUAGUGGUUGUUCCAUUGAAUCCCUAUCUUCAGUGGAAUCGGAGACCGCCGUCUCCCAUCAUCAACCAGCGAUCCUCCCUGCCAAAGUGACAUCUUCAAUGGUCAAAAACAUCGUGCCAAACACAAAAGAGCCAACAGCAACCGCUGAUAUCGACACCCUAUCACCAGAUCAGCCCAUGGCUCAGUUGAACAAAGAUGUACCAGAACUUGGUUCCAAUGACAUAGUUGUCAGUUUUAGUGAAUGUUCCAUUGAAUCCCUAUCUUCAGUGGAAUCGGAGACCCCCGUCUCCCAUCAUCAACCAGCGAUCCUCCCUGCCAAAGUGACAUCUUCAAUGGUCAAUAACAUCGUGCCAAACACAAAAGAGCCAACAGCAACCGCUGAUAUCGACACCCUAUCACCAGAUCAGCCCAUGGCUCAGUUGAACAAAGAUGUACCAGAACUUGGUUCCAAUGACAUAGUUGUCAGUUUUGUACGGAAAUGUGCCGCACACAAAUCGCUAAACUCUAAGAUUCGCCAUCUUGUCUCGUGCUCUCGAAGAUCUAACUAA